UGGAGUGUACGUAAUAUACCCUGACGUCCGGAGAGAGGUUUUCUGUGACAUGACGAUAGAUGAAGGGGGAUGGACGGUCAUUCAGAAACGACAAGAUAGUGACGUCGAUUUUUACAGGACAUGGAUAGAGUAUAAAGACGGAUUUGGGAAUGCCACUAAAAACUAUUGGAUAGGGAAUGACGCAAUCCACAUCUUAACAAAGGAUAAAAACCAAGAACUCCGAAUUGAUCUCCAGAGACAUAAUGGAGAACAGGCCUAUGCUGUUUAUACCACAUUUUAAAUCGGAGAUGAAAACAAUAAAUAUACACUUACAGUAUCUGGAUACAACGGAACAGCGGGUGAUUUGAUUGAUUGGCACAAUGGUAUGAAAUUCUCCACCAAAGAUCAGGAUAACGAUAUGAGUAGCGUUAACUGUGCCACAAAAUAUCAUGGAGCCUGGUGGUACAACGCCUGUUACCAAUCAAACCUAAACGGACAGUAUGCUACGUCUGCUGUGAUUGGUGAAAAAUACCCGGUAUGGGUAUACUUUAAAAAUAGUCAUGAAGCACUACAAAAGACUGUGAUGAUGAUUGAUCAUGACAAGGAGCACACAGCGGGAGUAAUCGAAAAAAUAUACAAGGAUUGUUCGGAGAUUUUGAAAAGAGAUUUCAGCAGGAGAGGACAAGAUGGAGUGUAUAUUAUUUACGCUGACACUCGGAAAGAGGUUUUCUGUGACAUGACGACAGACGAAGGAGGGUGGACGGUCAUUCAAAAACGAGAAGAUGGCGAAGUUGACUUUUACAGGACAUGGAAUGAGUAUAAACAGGGAUUUGGGAAUGCGUCUAAAAACUACUGGAUAGGGAAUGACGCAAUCCACACCUUAACAAAGGAUCAGAACCAAGAACUCCGAAUUGAUCUCAAGAGACAUAAUGGAGAACAGGCCUAUGCUGCGUAUACCACAUUUUACAUCGGAGAUGAAAACAAUAAAUACAAUUUAACAAUAUCUGGAUAUUCGGGAACAGCAGGUGAUUUGAUUGAAUGGCACAAUGGUAUGAGAUUUUCCACCAAAGAUCAAGAUAAUGACAUGAGUAACGUUAAUUGUGCUAUAGACUUUCACGGUGCCUGGUGGUAUAGCGCCUGUUACGAAUCAAACCUAAACGGAGGAUAUGCUACGUCUGCUCUGAUUGGUGACAAAUACCCGCAUGAUGGGCAGUCAAAGGGUGAACAGGAGAGGAACUGGAAGAGGGUGACCGAAGUGUAUCGUCCAACACCUGGACUUCACCAAACUACCAUCAACCUAUGGUAUAUGGCCCAUAGUCAGCAAAAUUUUACUCAAGAGUUUAUCAAGGUAAGCUCUCAACAACCUGUGUUAAAUAUUGAGAAACUGUGA